GAGAAUCCUCAACAAGACGAUUCUGAGCAAGUAGAAGCACAUGAGACGUUAUCGGAAAGAUCCAAAGGGAAUGUUUCCUCGAAUUGUGCGCAGGCAAAUGCCUGUGAGAGUCAGCACAGAGCAGAAGAAAAGUUCAGUAGAGGCUCAGACCUUAUUAGACAUGAGAGAAUCAACACCGGAGGAACACCGUACAUCUGCCUGGAGUGUGGGAAAACCUUCAAACAUAACUCAGUCCUUAUCAGACAUCGGAGAAUCCACACUGGAGAGAGACCAUACAUGUGCCCCGAGUGUGGGAAAAGCUUCAGUCGCAGCUCAAACCUUGUCACACAUCAGAGAAUCCACACAGGGGAGAAACCCUACACUUGCCAUGAGUGUGGGAAAAGCUUCAGUUGGAGCUCAGAGCUUAGGAUCCAUAGGAGAAUCCACACAGGAGAAAGACCCUACACUUGCUGUGAGUGUGGGAAAAACUUCAUUCGGAGCUCAGAGCUUAAUAAGCACCAGAGAAUCCACACUGGAGCGAGACCCUACAGAUGUACUGAGUGUGGGAAAGACUUCAUUUAUAGCUCACAGCUUGUCACGCAUCAGAGAAUCCACACUGGAGAGAGACCCUACUCAUGCCCUGAGUGCGGGAAAGGCUUCAGUUCUAGCUCACACCUUGUCACACAUCAGAGAAUCCACACAGGAGAGAGACCCUACUCAUGCCCUGAGUGCGGGAAAAGCUUCAGUUCCAACUCACAGCUUGUCUCACAUCGGAGAAUCCACACAGGGAAGAGACCCUACCCAUGCCCUGAGUGUGGGAAAAGCUUCACUCAUAGUUCACAGCUUGUCACACAUCAGAGAACCCACACGGGAGAGAAACCCUACACGUGUCCUGAGUGUGGGAAGAACUUCAUUUAUAGCUCACAGCUUGUCACACAUCGGAGAAUCCACACAGGAGAGAAACCCUACACUUGCCCUGAGUGUGGGAAAAGCUUCAGUCGGAGCUCAGCGCUUAUCAGACAUCAGAGAAUCCACACAGGAGAGAGACCUUACACGUGUCCAGAGUGCAGGAAAAGUUUCACUCGGAGCCUCGAGCUUAGUAAGCACCAGAGAGUCCACACUGGAGAGAGACCCUACAGAUGCCCUGAGUGUGGGAAAGGCUUCAUUUAUAGCUCACAGCUUGUCACACAUCGGAGAAUCCACACUGGAGAGAGACCCUACUCAUGCCCUGUGUGUGGGAAAAGCUUCAGUGAUAGUUCCCAAAUGAUCACACAUCAGAGAAGCCAUACAGGGGAGACCCCCUACACAUGUCCUGAGUGUGGGAAAAGGUUCAGCUGGCACUCAAACCUUAUCACACAUCAGAGAAUCCACACGGGAGAGAAACCCUACACAUGUCAUGAGUGUGGGAAAAGCUUCAAUCAGAGAUCAAACCUUGCCACACAUCACAGAAUCCACACAGGGAAGACACCCUAUAGCUGCCCUGAGUGUGGGAAAAGCUUCAGUCGGAGGUCAGAGCUCAUCAUACAUCAGAGAAUUCACACAGGAGACAGACCCUACGCUUGCUGUGAGUGUGGGAAAAGCUUCAUUCGGAGCUCAGAGCUGAUCAUACAUCAGAGAAUCCACACUGGAGAGAGACCCUAUAGAUGCCCUCAGUGCGAUAAAGGCUUCAGUUAUAGCUCACAGAUUGUCACACAUCAGAGAAUCAACACAGGAGAAUAACACUACAUUUGUAUUCAGUAGGGCUACCCAAAGAUUUUUUGUUUCUGUUUUGUUGUGGGGGUUU